AUGGGUAUACCCGAUCCAUACCCUACCCAUGGCCAUCCCUAUAUGAUUCUACUCUUUACCCUACUAUGCUUGCAUCCUACCACUUCUUCUGCCACUCCAACAAACGAGACUGACAGUUUGGCUUUGCUCAAAUUCAAAGAAUCCAUUACUAAUGACCCAGCUGGAGUCUUGAGCUUAUGGAAUUAUUCUAUUCAGUUCUGCAACUGGUAUGGAAUUACAUGCGGCCGCCACCAUCAAAGAGCCACGACCUUGGCACUACAGGGGCAUAAAUUGCGUGGAACCAUUACACCUUAUGUUGGAAACCUCACCUUUCUUACAGUCAUCAACCUCCAAAACAACAGCUUUUAUGGUGAAAUUCCAAAGGAAGUUGGUCAUUUGUUUCGACUACGACAUUUAAAUCUUUCAAAUAACAUGCUGGGAGGAGAAAUUCCAGCCAGCUUGACCAACUGCUCUAAACUCAAGGUAAUUGGCUUAUCACGGAACAAACUUAUUGGGAAAAUCCCAAUGGAUCUUGGCUCUUUGUCAAAGCUUCUUUAUUUUCUGGUUGCUGAAAAUAAUUUGAAAGAAAGAAUCCCACCUUUCUUAGGAAAUCUUUCGUUUCUCGAAUUAUUUUCAGCAACCUUUAAUAACUUAAGAGGGAAAUAUUCCAAAGAGCAUAGGUCGUUUGAAAAGCUUAUCAUUUUUCGUAGUUGGAUCCAAUAUGCUGAACGGUAUGGUCCCAUCCUCUUUUUACAAUUUAUCAUAUAUGAGCGUAUUAGGAUUUGA